AUGUACUUGCAGUGUCUGACUGAGAGUAUGACAAGCACACCCGUGACGCCGGUGGCUUUCCGCCUUUGGCGGCUCGGACCGGACGGGCUGUGCCGUUUCCCACCGGCCGCCGUCUUCUCGGGGGCGCUGCGCCUGCGCAGGGGGCGGAGCCGAGCGCCUGCCUGGCUGAAUGAGAAGUUUGCCCCAGAGCUGCUGGAGAGCAAACCAGAGAUCAUCGAGUGUGUUGUGGAGCAGCUGGACCACAUGGAGGCAAACCUGAAACGGGCAAAGAGAGGAGACUUAAAGGUCAGCGUCCACCGCAUGGAGAUUGAAAGGAUCCGUUAUGUGCUCAGCAGCUACUUGCGAUGUAGGCUUGUGAAGAUAGAAAAGUUUUUCCCCCAUGUCCUGGAGAAGGAGAAGUCUCGAGCUGAAGGGGAACCUUCCAUUCUAUCACCAGAGGAGUUUGCUUUUGCUAAAGAGUACAUGGCAAACACAGAGACUUACCUGAAAAAUGUGGCCCUAAAGCACAUGCCGCCCAACCUGCAGAAGGUGUCUCUCCUAAAAUCAGUUCCGAAGCCCAACCUGGACUCCUUUGUGUUUCUGAGGGUGUUGGAGCGGCAGGAGAACAUCCUGGUCGAGCCAGAGACAGAUGAGCAGAGGGAGUACACCAUCGACCUGGAGGAGGGCUCACAGCAUCUGAUCCGAUACAAGACCAUUGCCCCGCUGGUGGCCUCGGGAGCGGUGCAGCUCAUCUGAGGGGCAAGCGGUUCUUCCAGGUGUACAGCGCGCGGGCCCUUGCCCCCCCAGCCAUGCCCGUGGACUUGGCUGUGCGUCUUUGCCUGAGCCACUCGCCCCC